GCCCGCUCCCGCUGCUGGCGGUCCCGGCGUCGCGAGUUCCCGCUCUCCCGCCCCCUCCUUCCCACCCUCCGAGCCGGCUCCGCGCUCUCCUCGGCUUCCCGCUCCCUGCCCACGGCCCCGGCGCGGCAGCCCUAUGGCGUACAGUCAGGGCGGCGGCAAGAAGAAAGUCUGCUAUUAUUAUGACGGUGAUAUUGGAAACUAUUACUAUGGACAAGGACAUCCAAUGAAACCUCACAGAAUCCGAAUGACUCACAACUUGCUGCUAAACUAUGGCUUAUACAGAAAAAUGGAAAUUUAUCGACCCCACAAAGCAACUGCUGAGGAAAUGACCAAGUACCAUAGUGAUGAAUACAUCAAAUUUCUCCGAUCAAUAAGGCCUGACAAUAUGUCUGAGUACAGCAAGCAAAUGCAGAGAUUUAAUGUUGGAGAAGAUUGUCCUGUGUUUGAUGGCCUGUUUGAGUUUUGUCAGCUGUCAACUGGAGGCUCUGUUGCUGGGGCAGUAAAAUUGAACAGACAACAAACAGACAUGGCUGUCAAUUGGGCUGGGGGACUUCACCAUGCCAAGAAAUCGGAGGCAUCUGGUUUCUGUUAUGUCAAUGAUAUUGUGCUUGCCAUCCUUGAAUUACUGAAGUAUCACCAAAGAGUGUUGUAUAUUGAUAUUGAUAUCCAUCAUGGUGAUGGUGUUGAAGAAGCAUUUUAUACCACAGAUCGUGUCAUGACAGUAUCAUUCCAUAAGUAUGGUGAAUAUUUUCCAGGCACAGGGGACCUUAGGGACAUUGGUGCUGGAAAAGGCAAAUACUAUGCUGUCAACUUUCCAAUGAGGGAUGGUAUAGAUGAUGAAUCAUAUGGACAGAUAUUCAAACCAAUUAUAUCUAAAGUAAUGGAGAUGUACCAGCCCAGUGCUGUGGUAUUGCAGUGUGGAGCAGAUUCACUGUCUGGGGACAGACUGGGAUGCUUUAAUCUUACUGUUAAAGGUCAUGCUAAAUGUGUGGAAGUUGUAAAGACUUUUAACUUGCCACUGCUGAUGUUAGGAGGAGGAGGCUACACAAUUCGUAAUGUUGCUCGAUGUUGGACAUAUGAAACUGCUGUUGCCUUAGAUUGUGAAAUUCCUAAUGAGUUGCCAUACAAUGACUACUUUGAGUAUUUUGGACCAGACUUCAAGCUUCAUAUUAGUCCUUCAAAUAUGACUAAUCAGAAUACACCAGAAUAUAUGGAGAAGAUCAAGCAACGCUUAUUUGAGAACUUGCGCAUGUUACCUCACGCACCUGGCGUACAGAUGCAGGCCAUUCCUGAAGAUGCUGUUCAUGAAGACAGUGGAGAUGAGGAUGGAGAAGAUCCAGACAAACGCAUUUCUAUUCGAGCAUCUGAUAAGCGCAUAGCCUGUGAUGAAGAGUUUUCAGAUUCUGAAGAUGAAGGAGAAGGUGGACGGCGAAACGUUGCAGAUCAUAAGAAAGGAGCGAAGAAAGCCAGAAUAGAAGAAGAUAAAAAAGAGACUGAGGACAAAAAAGCAGAUGUCAAGGAGGAGGACAAAGCCAAGGACAGCAGUGGUGAAAAGACAGAUGCCAAAGGAGCAAAAUCAGAACAGCUCAGCAAUCCUUGAACGAAAGAUAGCCUGUCACCAGUUGCAGAACAUAAUACUAGAAUCUGAGAAUACCUAAAAAGAGAAAAGUUUUCAUAUGGAGAGAGACUGCUGAUUUCAUUUUGUACUAUUUGGCAUGGACUGUAUUUAUUUUCAAAUGGCUUUGUUCUGUUUUUUGGCAAGUUGUAUUGUGAGUUUUCUAAUUAUGAGGCAGAAAUUCCUUUCUUCACCAUGCUUUAUGUAAUAGUAUUUAAAAAUGGAUGUGAGUUAUUAUGUUAAAUGUCUAAACUGAUCUAUUAAAGUAAUUUGCCUUUCCUGA